AAGUGGGUCCAGAUUGCCCUUAGUCCUGGCCCUGCCCAUUAUGUCCCUGAUGCUAUCCUUUAACAAAAGCUGGGUUCAUUCUCUCCAGUGGUGUCCCUCUACUAACGAAAUAAAUCAGUUCCAACUCUGGGUGUUCUCCUGAAAAAACAUGGAAUAAUUCCUUUCCGUGAUGUUAACAAAGGACUUGGGAUUUAGGUCAAUAUAUGACAGCAAAGGGCUGGGGAAGGUCUGUGAACGUAAAAGCCUAAUCAAAUAACUGGGGCAUAGAACUAGUGAAGGUCAGUGGCAGUAGAAUCAGACAAAAAGGACCCCCUGCCCCGGCCUAGUGGCCAGGUCCUCUCUUGCUCCGCGCAUGGAGUUCAGACGCUCCAGCAUAAGGCCUAGUCUGGGAUAUCCGUCGGUCUCACAUUUGCUCUCUCCUGGCCUGCUUCCCUUACACUUCCCCGCUUGCUCGAAUGACUCCCUAUGGCUGCGUCCCAGAACUCCAGAGUCCAGCCGCCCCCAGGCCGGGGCACUAGGAGGCCCAUCGCCCAGUUGUCCCCGCUCCACCUAAAGUCGCCUGGGAAACGGUCGCCAGGGAAACCGUUCUUCCUGCUCGGGCCCGCCAGCCCUCGUCAAAAGCUUGGCUGAGAGAGCGGGGGAGGAGUUGUGGAGCGUAGAACUCAGAACGCCCGCCCCCUCCCAUCCUCUCACCCGUCUGGUUCUUCAGCGUCCUCAACUUCUCUCCAGGCUCUGCCACACGGAGUUAGGACUACGCUCACCUCACGGUUCCCCUACCUGCCUGUCUCGCUUUCUCACCUGCGUUCCCUCCUUUCAUCCCGGAUCCCGGAACCUCUGCUUCCGGCUCCACGUCCGCCCGGAAGAAGAUCUGCUGCACAUUUCCGCUUCCGGUCUGUGCCCUUGCGGCUUCGUGUCCUGCCGUCUUUUCUUCCGCUGCCUUGUGUCCAGGGAACAUGGCGGCGUUGGCAACCAGACUCUGGUGGCGCGGGAUCGUGGGGGCCGCGGCGCUGACCAGGGGGGCUCGGCGACCCUCGGUUCUGUUGCCGGUGAGGCGUGAGAGCGCCGGGGCCGACACGCGCCCCACUGUCAGACCACGGAAUGAUGUGGCCCACAAGCAGCUCUCAGCUUUUGGAGAGUAUGUGGCUGAAAUCCUGCCCAAGUAUGUCCAGCAAGUUCAGGUGGCCUUAUUCAAUGAGUUAGAGAUCUGUAUCCAUCCUGAUGGCAUCAUCCCAGUGCUGACUUUCCUCAAAGAUCACACCAAUGCACAGUUCAAGUCCCUGGCUGACUUGACAGCAGUGGACGUCCCAACUCGGCAGAACCGUUUUGAGAUUGUCUACAACCUGUUGUCUCUGCGCUUCAACUCACGGAUCCGUGUGAAGACCUACACAGAUGAGCUGACACCCAUUGAGUCCAUUACCUCUGUGUUCAAGGCAGCCAACUGGUAUGAAAGGGAGGUCUGGGACAUGUUUGGAGUCUUCUUUUUUAACCACCCUGAUCUAAGAAGGAUCCUGACAGAUUAUGGCUUCGAGGGACAUCCUUUCCGGAAAGACUUCCCUCUAUCUGGCUAUGUUGAGUUACGCUAUGACGAUGAGGUGAAGCGAGUGGUGGCAGAGCCAGUGGAGUUGGCCCAAGAGUUCCGCAAAUUUGACUUGAACAGCCCCUGGGAGGCUUUCCCAAUCUAUCGUCAACCCCCGGAGAGUCUCAAGCUUGAAGCAGGAGACAAGAAGCCUGAAGCCAAGUAGCUCCAGGGAAGGCGUGUGGAUCCUAGAAAGCCCCUUACCUAUAAUUUAGUGUCCAUGUAAAUAAAUUCCUACUUAGACUCACCA